AAUGUCUGCAGAAACCGAGGGAGAAGAAAAGGCCUUCAGCGCUGUAACGGAGCGAAACGAGGAAUUAGAGGCUGGUGUAAAUGAAGAUGACGACGAAGAAGAAAUUGAAGACAUUUGCUCUCAAGUUGCUGACCUGCUAGCAGAAGCUGGAACUUCAUCAGAAGCAAAUGUUCGAGUCGAUAGGUUAAGGAAAGCUAGUGCACUCAUUCUGACUGGAGACGUUACGAUGCUUGAUAACUUCCUUGAAGAAAUGAUUGCUUUCAAAAGUGACAGAGCAGCUGAAGUGCGGAGGUUUGUUGCUGAGUUCAUAGAGGACUCCACAAAAAUUGACGUCAAUCUGUUAACGACUUUCUUGCCCCUUGUGGCGUUGUUUCUUGGAGACACAAAUUCGGGAGUGAUUAAGCGUGCCAUUUUGUGCCAUGCGCAGCUGUACAAGGUCACUUUGAGAUGGAUUGCUGGUAUCAAGGGAACUGUUGACGAGAAAACGCGCAUCAUUUGGAACACUGUUGUCACAAUGAAGGACCAGAUCUUUCGGCUGUUGGAGUCAACCAACCAGGGUAUUCGAAGCCACGUGAUCAAGUUCAUGGAGCACAUUGCCCUUUCUCUCUCACACAAGAGUCCGGACUCGGAGGCGUGUAGGGCCAAUGACCUAGAUGUAUCUCUGGAUCUCAUCAAGUCCAAUCACUCGUACCUGAGGUACUCCGACUUGAAACUGGAGGGAUCCAAAAUCAUCCAGGUGUUCCUGACUCUAGCCACUUCCCCGCAAGUGAGUUGCAGCAACCUGCUGGUGGCAGUGAACUCAUUGGUGUCCAUUGCGAGGCAGAGACCUCUCUACUUGUCUCCUGUCAUUCAGAGUCUGGAAAGUGUCCAUGUGAAUCUACCGCCGACUUUGUCCAAGGCACAGGUGUCUAGUGUGCGUAAGAACCUGAAACUGCAACUGAGUCAGAUUGUGAAACACGCGGCAGUGGCACCCUUCAUCUCUCAGAUCUCGACUCUGUUGACGGACUUGGGAGCUACUCACAGUGAGCUUAACAAGAUGAUUCCGAAGGCCAUCCGAGAACAGGCUGCUAAAAUGAAGAAGGAAAAGGAGGAACAGCAGCUGAUAAAACCAACCAGCAAAAAGACUCGGCUUGAUGAAGAGAGUUUCGCCUCGUCGGCAGGUGCUGAGCUGGAGCAGAACAAGAAAGUAGCCGCAAUUGAGAUCACCACAGAAUUCAUCAUGCCCAGACUGAAGCGCCCAGAAACAGUUGCUAAUAUUGUGUUAGUGUCCAUGCUGAAUCUCCCAGACGCCAUUCCGGCUCACUUUCAGUCCACUUACACGCCUAUAGACAGUGCGGGGACUCCGGCGCAGAUUGAACACGUGGCGAGGUUGAUAGCUACGCAAAUGACAGCUGUUGGAGUUGGCGCAGGAGUGGAGCAAAUUGCAAAGGAAGAGUCAAAGUUAGCGGAAGCUAAGAAGACUAGGGAGUCCAAGCAGUCCUCGUCUGCUCAAGAAAAAGGAUCUCCGGUCGAAGUUUUAUCGUCGCGAAUGCACCACGCCACCCCAGCUAGAGGAGAAGAAGGAUCGAAGCCCUCGGAAAGCGAAACAGCUGCCGGAGCUUCAAAAUCGGCUAGCCAAGAAACGAAGCAAACUUUGUUCACUCCUGAAACCCUCGCGGCUAACUUGCAAAUGCGGGAUCCAACCAAACGCAACGUGAAAGCGUUCAACUUUAGAGAAGCUACGGUUGCUAUUCCUCAUGAUCAGUUAGACGCCUUUGCAAAAAAUAGCUUGAAAAGAAUUCUGUAUGCUGAGAAGAAAAUAAAGCAAUGCGGAGCGACGGCGGAACGUUUCAGAGUCUUAACAAAUCUGGCAAUAAUGCAUGAUGACUCGGGCUUUGACGAUGAAGUGGAAAAUUAUGUUCUAGACGAGCUAAAAGCGCGCUACGAAUUGAUAAUAUCGUGGUUGUAUCAGCUCUACAACAAGAUGCAAAGAACAUCUGAAAAGUCAGUUAACAAAGUUUUCCUAGCCCAAUAUGAAAAACUGUUUAUGAGGGUCAUGAAACACGUAAUGCAAAAUCCGGAGAAAGAUGGAAUUUUCCUGACUAAACUUUUCAUUGAGGCCCCAAUUUUGACGAAUCCCGUCUUUUCGACUUUGUCUCGAUUUUGUACUAUAGACGAAAGUGUUUCGCUGUGCAUUUCGACUUUGAGUGAGGUUGUUUUGAAGCGAAGUUCACACAUGAAAGUAGCUCUGAAUUACUUGUUGCUGCUGACGACUUUGGACCACCAAAAAGCAAGAAGCGAAGCGUUGAAAUUGUUAAUUCAGCUCUACACCAAAGAUACAUCUGACCAGUACAAGAGUACAAUUGAGAAUUUUGCCACCAUGCGUAUGGAAAGUGUGAUGGAGAGUAAUCCGCCCUAUGACCUGUUAGACAAGAGUGGGAGGGCAUACAGUGCGUGGUGUGAGGAGGCCAUCAAACAGUGUCUCUUCCUCUACCUGGGACUCCUCCCUCUCAAACAUGCACUCCUGCUCCCCAUCGCCACUAACUUUUCUUCAUGCUCCAUUGAUGUCAAGAGGACUCUUCUGCGAAUCAUGGAAGCACCUGUGCACAGUAUGGGGCAAGAUUCGCCGGACAUCCACAGGCUGCUUCAGUCUUGUCCCAAGGGCUGCGAGACACUCCUCAUCCGAAUACUCCAUGUGCUCCUGGAUCCAAAAGACUCUGGACCACCCUACAGGCCAGGAAAUGUCCAGAUCUCGUCAGAGUUGACUGGCCAUGUUAAGAACCUGUACAAGGAAAAUGGCGAUGUGAGGUUCUUGUUGCCAGUUUUAGCUGGAUUGGGAAAACAGGAAGUACUCGAGGCGUUGCCCAAGAUGGUCAAACUCAGUCCUGAUUUAUUUAAAGAGGUCUUCAAGCGUCUGCUGGGAAUCGUGCAGUCCAACUCGGAAUCCGCAGACGUCGGAAGUGCCUCCACCGCCUCUCGACUGUUGGCAGUGGAUCUGUUCGUUGGCUUCCACAAGAUAGAGGGUGAUUUGAAAAGUGCAAUGUUGGCGGUCAAUGCGUGUAUGACUGAGGAGGGAGUGUUUAAUCAGUCGGUGUUGGCGGUUUCCUUGACGCAGCUGCUGGAGCUAAAAGUACUGCCGACGUUGCUACUCAGAACUGUUCUGCAGGCUCUGAACAAAUACCCGAAGAUGCGUUCGUUCGUUCUGAAUACGGUAUUGCAGCGACUGAUUGUGAGACAGGUGUGGAAAAGGGACAAAUUGUGGGAUGGCUUCAUCAGAGUAGUGCAGAAGACAGUACCGGACUCAUUCGGUAUCCUGCUCCAGUUGCCAAGUGAACAACUCAUCAGCGUUUUCAAUUAUUCCACGGAGUUGAAAAAAGGUCUGCUGUCGCAUUGGUCGGCGCUUCCUGAGUACCAGCGUAGCCAAGUGCUCCCAUCACUGCAACAGCUUCUCAACUCCCCUGAUCCAGGCGCUCCAAAGGGUGUGAACGAUGGAACGACAACUAAAUCGAGAAAGCGAAGUCUAGUUGAAGAGAAUCAGCCGCAAGUGGAAGGCAGCGGUGAAACUGAUAAAGAGAAAGCUCAAACCGUUUCAUCACAAUUGAAGAAAACAAAAACGGAUGGUGAUGAUUUUUCGCCCGAGUUUUUCGCACAGCUAAUGGAGAGUAUUUGCAAUGACGUCAUUGACGAUAUAGCUCAAGAAGUGUGCAAUAGUUUGACGGAGGAAUUAGCCGAAGAGAUAUUGGACGAAACUCCACUUGAAAUUUUUAUCUGCAAUGACUUGAUUGACAUCUUGAUGGCAGAUGAAGCAUUUAGCGUUGCUUUAGAAUCAAAAACUGAACUUGAGUUGUUCGGAUAAGACUAGAAUUGUUAUCGAUUUCAACAGUAUCUUUUAAGCGUUUAUUUAUAUCUUUUUUUUCUUUGACUUAAUUUUACAGUCGGAAGGGUGAACAUCCUUGUUUCGAAACUGCAAAAUAUGAAAACUAUCAUAAAUAUAAUUUUGAUGUUGAAAAUUUGAGAGCCAAUGAAGCAAAUAUAAGGUUUUCGGUGGCCAGUCAAUAAGCAGAUUGGUCUAAGAUCAGAAAGUGUCCAAG